UUGUCUAUUGAUAAAUUCGGUGGAAACUACUCCGUUAAACUUAGCUAUUAUUUAUUAUUUUUAUAACACAUAGGUUUGAGGCGUAUCACAUAUUUAAUAUGUAUUUAUGAACACAAUCAAAAUAAAUCCGUCUUUUUGUCCUCGUUGCCGACUUAAUUAGCUGCACAACCAGAAGACUUGUUUUAAAAUGAUGCCGUGUAAACUAUAGUUUUUGACUUGUGCAUUCAGCAAUGGGUUUGGAUUUCGAUGUCUUAGAAUUCUGUAAGAAGUUACGACAAAAUAGACCUCCUCCGUACCAAUGUCCAUUAGAGAAAUGUGAUAAAGUGUAUAAGAGUUUAUGUGGCUUGCAAUAUCACUUGGUCAAUUACGAUCAUGACAAUCCGACACCGGCAACGCCUACAGUUCCACACCAUAGAAAGAAAGGUAGAUUUAAAGCUGCAGUUCCUACUGGAGAUAUAGCUUUACAAAGUCCACCAAAAGAAGCAUUAACAUUUGCUGAAGCACAGAAAGUAGUACAAUUUGAAAUUGAUGGUAAAAUUAGUAGAAUUCCUAUUGAUCAACCUGUAGCAGUAAUUUCACUUGAAGAAUGGGAGAAAAGAAAUUCAGAGUUGGAAAAGCCAUUACCAUUUGUGGAGCCACCACAGGAACCACAUGUUAAGUUGCCAGAAGCAAGCUUCAAGCUCAUUCCUGACUAUAAUGAAAGAGUUUGCGAUGCACCACCACGUCCCAACGCCUACAUCCGUUUCAUUGAAAAAUCUGCUGAAGAGCUUGAUGGAGAAGUGGAGUAUGAUGUGGAUGAGGAAGAUACUGCAUGGCUUGCAAUAAUCAAUAAAACAAGAAUCAAGCAGGGCUUGACUGCAGUUUCAGUUGAUACCUUGGAAUUGCUAAUGGAUAGAUUGGAGAAAGAGUCAUAUUUUCAAGCUUCACAAAAUGGACAACAAACAGCUGCAACAGUUGAUGAAGAUGCUGUAUGCUGUAUUUGUAUGGAUGGAGAAUGUCAAAAUACAAAUGUUAUUCUAUUUUGUGACAUGUGCAAUUUAGCAGUUCAUCAGGAUUGUUAUGGGGUUCCCUAUAUUCCUGAGGGACAGUGGCUCUGCCGAAGAUGUCUUCAAUCACCAUCCCGACUUGUAAACUGUGUUUUAUGCCCGAACACUGGAGGAGCAUUUAAGCAAACUGACCAAAGCACUUGGGCGCAUGUGGUCUGUGCUCUUUGGAUCCCGGAAGUGAGAUUUGCUAACACAGUUUUCUUAGAACCUAUCGAUUCGAUAGAGACAAUACCACCUGCUCGAUGGAAGCUGCAAUGUAUGGUUUGCAAACAGCGAGGAGUGGGCGCCUGUAUACAAUGUCAUAGGAGCAACUGUUAUAGUGCUUUUCAUGUUACAUGUGCACAACAAGCUGGGUUAUAUAUGAAAAUGGAAGCGGCCGGUACAGGAAGAGAUCCAAGUCAACCCGUACAAGUUGCCAAAAUGGCAUAUUGUGACGCUCACACUCCUGCGCAUAUUCUGCAGGAACGUCGAGCAGCUGAAUCAGAAUGUGAUUCCAAAACAAAUGAUUUAUCAGCGAUUCGUCAGAAGGGGCGUGAUAAGAUCAAACAGGCACGAAGAGUCCUAGCGUUGAAACGCACAUGGGCACCAGUGGUGCUAGUGCCAACGUUACCAGCGGAGCGUGUGGCGGAGAUAGCGCAAUUAGCGGACGGGCCGCCGGCGGCUCGGGCUCAGCUUAUGAAGCGUUUGUUGGCGUAUUGGACCUUGAAGAGACAUAGUAGGAACGGUGUUCCCUUGUUGAGACGACUGCAGAGUUUGACCAGUCAUCAUGGCACAAGAGGAAUCCAAGAUGGUACAGUAAACGUUAGAGAGUUGUGCAAUCAACUUAAGUAUUGGCAGAGGAUACGACAAGAUCUGGAAAGAGCCAGAUUGCUUUGCGAAUUGGUGCGUAAACGUGAGCGUCUCAAGGCGGAGUACACACGUGUCUGGGAACGAUGCGUGCUACACACACUUCGGCCUGAUCGCGCAGCGUUACAUAAGUUAUUGAGACAGUUGCGCCUAAGAGAUGCCAGUGAUAUAUUUACUGAGCCUGUUGAUCUGAAUGAGGUCCCAGACUACAGUACUGUGGUAAAGCAUCCAAUGGAUCUGAGUACGAUGGGAAAGAAACUCGACAAGGGACAAUACAAGACCAUAGAUGAUGUAGAAACAGACUUCCAACUCAUGAUAGAUAAUUGUCUCACAUACAAUAAUAAGGACACUGUGUUCUAUAAAGCGGGCGUGAAAAUGCGUGAACAAUGCAAGUCUAUAUUCCGGCAAGCGCGACGCGAUGUACGUGAAGCUGGUAUGCCGGAGUUGGCUGGAAGUGGUGACGCGGAGGAGUCCUCAGAUACACGGUUAAGCCCCAGAAGAAGACAAAGUUGUGAUUCGCGCCGUACAAGGCCAAGUAGCAGUGAUAGCGAACACACAGCUGAUACGCGCAGUGAACGAGGCGCUUCUGUUGCUCCCAGUGAAAAGAGAGCCAUCACACCAGUACGCUCGGAUGAUGAUGAUGAUGAUGAUACGCGAGAUGACUCACCGAUAGUAAAGAAUAAGGUUAAUAAGAAUUGGUGGCGAGGGAGGGGCAGGGGAAGGGGAAGGCGUGGUCGCAGAGGGAGGGGAAGACCAGCACUGUCUGCUGUACGGCGGGUGCAAGAAGCUGAUACAGCUACAUCAGACUCGGAAACCCCAAUCAUUAUUAAGAAAGUGGAAAGAACACAGAAACUUGUGACGCCAGACAAAUCACCAACAAAAGUACCAGAACCUACCACGCCUAGUACAGGUUUGGGUCUUUUAGGUGGUCUUCGGAAGCCAACGUUGCUUGUGCCGCCUUCGACCAUCACAACACCACCCCGAAGUUUUGGUGCUGAUGCAACGUUGCCUACAUUAUCAGCCAGCCUGGGUCGCACGCCGGAGCCGAGAAAAAAGGGGCGUGGUCGACCUAGGAAACAGGAAAAGGAGAAGCCCACUUCGCCAGAUUUGUUUAGGUCAUCGCUCACGGGCGACAGUAAGACCCCAGUGCCGGCCUCAUUUCUGCAAUAUCGUGGACCACCUGGGGAAGUUGGAUCUGACAGCGAUUUGGCCUUAUCCAGGUCAUCGAGUAGUAGUUCGGUGUGGUCCAAAUCGUGUUCGUCGUGUACGCACUAUGACGACGAGAACGCAUCCGAUCGUACGUGCUCGCUAUCAUCGUCUGAUGCAGAGGGUUCAAGCUGCAAUGACACAUUGGAAUCUAACGUCGAAGGGAGCUCGGACAAACGGCGUCCCGCGAGACGAACGAGAAAUGCCGAGUCUGAAAGGGAAACACCAACUACACCGCAAAAAGGUCGUGGCACCAGGUCUACUACCUCAAAGACGCCGUUGAAAACAUCGACCACAGAUAUAAUAAUGGAACCACUGCAACUCGUAUGGGCUAAAUGCAGAGGCUACCCAUGGUACCCUGCACUAAUCAUUGAUCCAAAAAUGCCAAAAGGAUUUAUUUAUAACGGUGUCCCACUCCCCGUACCUCCACAAGAUGUUCUUAACCUAAAGAAAAACUAUGCUCAUGAACCAAUUCUCUACCUUGUUCUGUUCUUUGAUGUAAAAAGAACUUGGCAAUGGCUUCCACCAAACAAAUUAGAGCUUUUAGGCGUGGAAAAAGCAGUGGAUCAAGCAAAGAUGGUUGAAUCAAGGAAACCAACCGAGAGGAAAGCAGUUAAAAAAGCCUUUGGUGAUGCCAUGCAAUUCAGGAAACAGGUGGACGGAGAGAAAUGACAAAGGUUUAGGAGGCAAAGGCCUAAUUACAAGUUUAGCUUUGGGAUGUUCUCAAAUAUGAAGAUCAAGACGCCUAACACUACUGAUAGCAGUAGUGAUUAGAUUUUAUUAAAUCUUUGUUACUUGAAGUAACUAGUGUUACAAUUUGUAAUCUUUGUAAUUAGUUAACAACGUCACAUGAUUAUGUAUUUUGUGUAGUAAACUUAAAAUUUGUUAUUGAACAAAUUUGAUGAAUCAAUGAAAUUAAAAAAAUAAUAAAGCCUGACAAGUAUUUAUAAAAAGGCUUAUUGCCUACUAUAUAGAUAUUCGAGUCUGAUUAAAACUCACAUAUUGUUAAUUUUGUAGCCUCAGUUUGCAGCUGUUAUGAGUAUUUAGUUGAAAUAGGAUAAACAAUAUAUGCGUUUUAAUCAGCUAGUGUCGAGGUAAAUUUGGCAUAGCAGAGCUAUGAUUGCAUUGUAAGAAUUCUCUUAGUAUUUAUGAAUGUGUUUGUGAGUGAUAAUAAACUUUGUAAUAAAUGUU